AUGGAUACGACGAAUAUGGAUACAUCCCAGUGGGUCCUGGUCGCCGAGUCGGCGCGCCUAAUUCGCGAGGAAAGGGCGACCGUUGAGUCGGUCGCGCAAGAUUGUGCGAGAAAUGGUCGAGGUGGAGCCCACGACGGAGAGAUUUCUCCUCUUGAUUUUGUUCCAUGCUGCUAUUAUCCUGAGGGGAUUUUCGAAGAUCUCCCGGCGUUGGCACCGGGGCUGUUACGUCCUCCGGUCGGGGAGGGACAAUCGUGGGAGAAUGUUGAGGCGACUCGUUCGACUCCAAGCAGCGUGAAGAUUCUGUUGAGGGAGUGUGUUGGAGUCGGGGUGAAUUUUCUGAUUCCAACUAAGACCCAGAGGCCAUGGUCACCCCCGGUGGGAUUCCAAUGUGUUUAUGAAUCCUAUUUUCAGAAUGAGACCAGGCUUUGGUUCCCGAUCCCUAGGCUCGUCACGUCUUACGUGAGGCAUCGUGAUGCAGCGAUAAGUCAGUUCUUAAAUGGUUCGUUUUGUCUCCCGGUAGCAUUGUUAGUGAUGGCGGCUGAGAUCGACGUGUCGAUGAAUGUUCGAGCCUUCGAGGAGUUGACGUAUCUUAAGUCGAUGGGGGAAUGGGUGUACUCGAUCCAAAUGAGGCCGAACUACAACGUAUCGUCGGGCAUCCCAACAGGACGAACAACUGGCAGCGUUUUUAUUUCUACGUCAAUUGAUCAUCCGGAUAAGGCGGCUUAUCCCGAAGAAUUUAUAGAGAACGCUCGGGCUGUCGUACUGCUCGCUCAAGAAAGUUGGGAUAACAUUACUGUGGAAAGGAUUCGGCGAGUCAUCGACAGGAUCUCGCAAAAGGAUUGGAGAUCUGAUCUUUUGCCACUAGUGACUGGUCGCAAACGUCGGUUUUCGUUAUUCACGAGAAAGAUCACCACUGCAAGAGAGAUGAAGGCCUUUCCAGACUUAAGUGCAAUCAUCGGGAGAAGACUGAGUGGCUCGUCUAGUGACGUGUCGUCAAGGACUCCUGACGGAGUUGAUCGCAGAGAGUCUCCUCCUGCGGUCAUUCGACCAUCGCCUGUUCCUGACCCUGUCGGUUCCGAACCUUCAAGGGAAAGUUUGGUGCCAGAAUUCGACGAGUCGGCGCGGACUAAGAAGAAAGGAAAGAUGAGACCGGCUCCUGACGUAUCUAUCACUGUGGUUCAGGGAGAAGAGAAGAAGGAUAAGAAGAAGAAGCCUGCUGAAAAGGACCCGGUACCGAGUGUCGGGGCAGAGAAUCGAGAGCUUGUGGUUCACGAAGAGUCGAGUCGUGGUAACGCUGCUUUGACUGAUGAUGGGUUGAGCAGUUUUUCGGUCGAUCCCUUGGAAAGGGGGAGAAGGGAACCAUCUGUUGAUCGAGGUUCUGACGGUCGAGACCAUUCUAAGACGUCCGAAGGGAGGCGCGAAGCAGGAGUUUCUCAAUCGAUCACUGCCACCACUCCUCGCUCUACGCCGUCGGCUCCCGGAGGCAGCUCUACUCGAAAGAAAGGUCCCGUCAAGUUCCCUGAUCACGUUGAUUUCAAAUGCGACGGUGACACACCGCUCGCCUACGACCUGGAGGAAUGUGCCGAGUUAGUUCGCCAAAUCCGAGGCGGUGCAAAAGAUAUGCCGCCGGUUAAAGACCUUAUCUUAAAGGAUGCUUAUGUCGAUGCGGCAAGGACCAAGGUUCUGAGUGAUGGUAGCGUGAAUUACGUCGUUGAGCUGUACGACACGGCCUUGAAAAAAACUAUCUCCAAGUUGAAGAACGCUGAAAGGCUCGUGCGAGUGAAGGACUCAGCUCUUAACCGUAAAACGAGUGAGUUCAUAGCAGUGAUCGAGAAGGCUAAGGCAGAGCAGAGUCGAUUACUCGCAGAGAAGAAGGCCUAG